CCUAGAAAUCGUUUUCUUCCUCCCCCCAAAGUUUGGAUCUUUGCGAUUGAAUGAUCUCUUAAACAGAGAUGCAGAUUCUUGAAUUAGCCGAACAUUCAUUGUGUGAGUCUUUUGUUCUUUCUCGGCUAUUUAUGUAAGUUUGCAGAAGUUUUGAGAUUUUAGCAUCGAAGCUUCAACACUGUCGAGUUUUUCUGGUUCUCUCUACUUCCUUCUCUUCUGGUAGUUUCAUUGCCUUGUCAUCAUGUAUUCUUUGAUACUCCAUGGAAAAAGGUCUAUUGAGUUUCAGAAAUGGCGUAAUUUGAGUGUUUCAGUGAAGCUUCUGCAAAAUGUUUCCAGUUCCUACUCUUCUGCUACUGCUCCUGCAACUGUGACCCACCAAAGAGAUGGUCGAAAAGGGAAGACUUUUACAGUCUCUUACCUCGUUAAAUCAUUGGGUCUAUCUAAAAAACUCGCCGAAUCGAUUUCGACGAAGGUCAGCUUCGAGGACAAGAGCAAUCCAGAUUCUGUUCUGAAUCUUCUUAGAAGUCACAAGUUCACAGAUUCUCAGAUCUCAGGCAUCGUUAGGAGCUAUCCACGAUUGCUUACGUUAGAUGCUGAGAAGUCCCUUGGUCCCAAGCUUCAUUUUUUGCAGUCGAUGAAAGGAGCUUCAAGCUCUGAACUUACUGAGAUUGUUUCUACAGUUCCUAAGAUCUUGGGAAAGAAAGGGGAAAAAACGAUCAGUGUAUACUAUGGUUUCGUGAGAGAUAUUAUCGAAGCCGACAAGUGUUCUACGUUAGAAAAGUUGUGUCUUUCUUCUUCCCCACAGGGUAAUCUGGAGAAUAAGAUCAGAAAUGUAUCGGCUUUGAGAGGAUUAGGCGUGCCUCAGAGAUUGUUGUUCAACUUGCUCAUCUCCAGUUACCAACCUGUGUGUGGAAAAGAGAGAUUUGAAGCAUCUCUCAAGAAGGUCGUUGAGAUGGGUUUUGAUCCAACAAACCCAAAGUUUGUGCAAGCUCUACACGUUGUUUACCAAAUGAGCGAUAAAACGAUUGAAGAAAAAGUCGAUGUCUAUAAAAGGCUAGGCUUUGCUGUGUCUCAUGUAUGGGAAAUAUUCAAGAAAUGGCCUUUCUCUCUCAAGUUCUCGGAGAAGAAGAUUACUCAGACUUUUGAAACGCUUAAAAGGUGUGGUCUGCUUGACGACGAGGUCCGGUCAGUGUUGAAGAGGAAUCCACAGUUCAUACGCGUUUCAGAACAGAACAUAGUUAACUCCAUUGAAACGUUUAUAGGUUUAGGAUUCAGCAGAGAUGACGUCACGUUGAUGAUCAAGCGAUAUCCUGAGUGCAUUGGAUCUUCUGCAGAGACGAUCAAGAAGAAGACUGAGUUUUUUGUUAAGAAGAUGAAUUGGCCACUAGAGUCUGUGGUUUCGCACCCUCAGGUAUUGAACUACAGCAUGGAGAAGAGGAUAGUUCCAAGGUGCAAUGUAAUCAAAGCUCUUAUAUCAAAAGGAUUGCUCGGAGAUGAAGUAAGUGAAGUCCCUCCAUUGUCGUCUGUUCUUGCGUGUACUGAUCAGACCUUCUUAAACAGGUAUGUGAUGAAGCGGGACAAGCUGGUGCCUGAAUUGAUGGCUAUCUUCACCAGAGAUAAUAAGGCUCGCCUAGAACAAUGAGUAGCAUCAAAGAUUUUUGUUUUGCAUUAGUUAUAGACUCAUGGUGAAUCUUUUGUAAUCUCAGUUUGACCUGUAUCCCUUCUAUUUGCAAUACGAUCUAUUUAUGAUCUUUGGUUUUUCUCUUUA